GUUACCAGCGCAGCGCAGACACGCUGCUCCUCGGAUAUUGCUGCAGGAAGCAGUCGGUUUCCUCCGUUCCCACACGUUUGCCGCACGAUGACGACUCUGGUGCGCGCGGGCUCCCUCGCGUCGCGCCUCCUGCAAGCCGCGGCGCGCAAGCGCCCCGUGCAGGUGAUCCUCCAGCACGCCACGGCGCGGAAGCGACCGACGCAAGUGAUCCUGGUCACUUCUGGAUUGUCGUAUUAUUUGAGGAAUCUUCCCGUCGCCGCAUGUGAUGGAAUGGACGCCGAGCCGCCCGUCUCUGACCUGUCUCCGUCUCCGGCGUCGUCGUUGUCCGAUGAGGAGCUCAUCUCUGCUCUUUCCUCUGCUGUGAAAUGUGUUGUGGUCGCGGUAGCUCUACCUUACGUAAUAAGUGCUGCAGCACUCAAGCUUUUGGCAUUGAUUGGCUUCGGGUUCAUUGGCAUCACGGCCGGCAGCAUCGCCGCGGCAUUCCAGAGCUGCUUCGGAACACCUUGGAUAUUCCGGUGUCUACAGAGUCUUGCCAUGAGGGGAGUGCCGAUGUCUUCUAGCGUCUCAGGCGGUUUAGCGACGGUUGGAGCACUACAGCUAAGAAACGUUUGUGCGGACAGCAAAGACGUGCCUGCGGCAUAGGAUGUCAAGCGCUACCGGAAAUUAAAAUUCCCGGCGUUUUUCUCGGAUUUCCCGGGGCUUGUCUGAAUUCCCGGACAUUUGAAACCAAAUGUCAGGUUUGAUGGACUUAACACCCUACAUAAUGAACAAAAUGAAAAAACUAGAGAUAGAAAUAAAUAUUACCUUUUUGGUAAGGGAUAAAAA